CCUUUUCCAGAACUGCGGCGCGCCUCUAGCGGCGACUGCCGGAAUCACGACUUGAGGCUCUCUCCCCUUCCUUCGCCCGUAUUUCCCGGCUGUGAAUGCAUGUGCCUGCGUGCUGUCGUGUCUCGUAUUACUUGCGCCGGUGGUAAUAAGGAAAAAUAGCAGCUGUCUUAUGGUAUGCUAUUCGGUCGUAGGUGAAGCAAGCAUGGACAUCAACUUUUCUGGUGACGAGGUGAAGAAAUUUUUAGGCUCAGGCGGCUCGUGGACUGCCGACCUGACCCAUGUGCCGCACGUGUGUGAGCGUGUCAUUGAAGCCCAUUUCGGUGCGUCUACUAGCCGCGGGCUGCAAAAGGGUUGGAAGUUUAAAGAAGAGAAGUAUAUUCGCCGGUUGGAAUGCUGUAUCAGUCGCCAUACUUCUGGAUGUGAGCUUCAUAUCCUAAGGAGCAUUUGCCUCUGCUCAAUGAAACAUGGGCACUACAGACAAGUCGUUGCCCUCCGCGAGGAAAAUGUGACACGUGUUGUUCGAGCUUACUGCGACUGCGUUGCUGGGCUCAGUCAAAGCUGCCAACACAUUGCUGCUCUUCUUUUUGCUGUUAGGAGCAUUCAGACGCCAUCCUGCACCGGCAUGCCUUGCAAGUGGAUGGCUCCAACACAAGGUCACAACCGCCAGCCAUCACUGCCACUUUCGGACAUAACAUUCCGCAAGCUUGUGAUGAACAAGACCGUGCGAGCCAAGGCGAAGCGAAAGCUACCACCUGGAUUCCAGUCAAAAGAACAGUCUGUUCUUAAGAACUUCAGAGAAAGAAUGGCACAGUGCGCUCCACAUUUGUUGUGGAAUCGGUACAGUGCUAGCAAACCAGCACCCGUGCAAAACACCAGUGGCAUCGCCGACAUUGUGGACCUCCACUCAAGGGAAUGCUGGACAUUGUUUUCAAAUUACUGGGCACAGCAGGUGCCACUCACAGCUGCAGAGAGAACCAAAAUUUGCAUAGACACGGUCGGCCAGAACAACAACCCACUGUGGAAAGCUGAAAGGACUGGCCGCCUGACAGCCUCUAACUUUCACAGAAUAAUGCGCUGCAUAAAGCCUGAUGGACUUGUUAGAGACAUUUUGUAUCCUCGCCAGAAAGAGAACCUUGGACCAAGUGACCCAAGAUUGUAUGGACUCAGAAAUGAAGCGGUCGCUGUGGAGAAAUACAUUGCAAUAAUGCAGCUGUAUGAUAAAGACAUUGAGGUCUCUGAAACCGGACUUCAUGUUCAUGAAGCUUACCCCUUCAUAGCGGCAUCACCAGACCGUUUGGUCAGAGAUGGAACUGAGACGGGGCUCCUUGAGGUGUCGAUUUUGAUGUACGACUAG